AUCUGCAUGUUCUUGGGUUAGAGGUCAGCGUUCCCUUGCCUCCUCGAAAUGUCCACACAGUAUCACGUCAUAUGGCCAAGGAGAGCAACACAUUUAGGGACCAUGACGUAAUAAGACACGCAGAUGCGGGACCCUCAUCAGUAGAAUCUCGCCUUGUAAAUGGGACCAGACAGGCCAAAGGACUGACCCAAAAUCAUAUUUAUGAGACUCUGAAAGCCUCUAAACGUGACAACUGUGCCGACAAAAGUAACGCGCAGAAGUCACGGCUCCCUAUAUCUACCCAGUCGGCAGCGAUGAAUGUAGCUGUCAAGCUGAGUAGAUCCCAGCAGUCACCCAGAAAAUAAAAUGAGCUUGACAUGUCCAUCACAGUUAUUUGGGUCGCAUGCAAGAGAAAAAACAAAAUAAAACAAGCUGCAACAGUUAGUCAGUAAAUUUAUGGACAGAUUAAACAAACAGACAAACAAACAAAAAGAAA